UUUUUUUUCUGUUUAAUUAAAGAACCAAUCAGAGCGGUUCCAGCAGGAGGGGCUGCUGGUUCGGUUCAGCAUCCUUCAGUCUCCUCCUGCUUCUCUCUGCCCGCCCUCACUCCCCAUCUCUCUCUCACCUGCACUGCCUCUUCCCCAACAGCAUCUUCUUCACUUUCCUCCAGCUUCCCGAGGCUUCUGUACUUCAGACUUCUCCUAAAGUGUGUCUCGACGCGUUUCAAAGAUGCUGGCUUGUACAGAGAUGAUCACCAUGUGCCUGCAGUCAGCCAAACAGAAGCAUCUCCUGGCUCAGCAGCAGCAGCAGCAGCAGCAGCAGCCGCUGCACAGCCCCGGACAGGGGCUCAAUAUCUUUCAUGAUAUUUUUCGCAGAGCAGACAAGAACGACGAUGGAAAGUUGUCAUUUGACGAGUUCAACGCCUACUUUGCUGAUGGAAUCCUGACUACUGAGGAGCUGCAGGAGCUCUUCUUCUCCAUAGAUAACCGACAGAAUAACAAUCUGGACACUGACAAGCUAUCAGAUUACUUUUCUCAGCACCUCGGGGAAUAUCUAAAUGUUCUUUCGGCUCUGGAGAGCCUGAAUAUUGCCAUUUUGAAAGCGAUGGAUAAAACCAAACAGGAGUACCAAGGUGCCAGUGUGUUGGGUCAAUUUGUCACCAGAUUUAUGCUAAGAGAGACUUCCAGUCAGCUGUUGUCUCUGCAGAGGUCCCUUCAGUACGCCAUGGAGGCUGUGGAGGAGCAGAGCAGCCCUGCUCCGUGUCACCAUGGAAGAUGGGGAAAACUGGAGCUCUCAGAUCAACCGACUGCAGGAACUUUUGGAUAAACUGGAGUGCCAGAGUCCCAAACUGGAGCCUUUAAAGGAGGACACACUGGCCAGCACCUAUAAGUCUAACAUCCUGCUGGUUCAGAGGCAGAUGUCUGUAAUUGAUGAGUCGCUAGACAACUUCCGGAAAGUUCUCAAGAGUUACAUCGAUGCCACCUCAGCCCACUCUGACAACUUGCAUGUGUCUGUUCAGAAGUUCCCGGGAAAGUCGUGUUACAUAAUGUAUGAGUUCUGGCAAGACCGCAUCUCCUGGAUGAGUUAUCUUCAGUCCAACAGCAGCAAGGAUUUCCAGCGCUGCGUCAUUGACAUGCUGGAGGACGCUGAAGUUGUUUCCACCAUGUUGCUCCCAGCUUCCUGGUGGAUUAUGACUAACAACUGAAACCCGACUGUCACAUCCACAGCCACACGGACUGAGACGCUCUGGUGCAUCAUCCCACCUACCCAUUUGCACUCUGACACACACACACACACACACACACAUACACACACGCGCACACACACACACACACACACACAUACGCAGAAGAAUUGAAAUGGUAUAUGGUACAAAGAGUUUUGUAUCUGCAUACUUUAAUGUUCCAGUUUCUGACCACUCAUUUAUUUUGUACAAAAAAGGCAUCGCUGCAUUCUAUGGACUGUAGAUUCAAAGUGUCUGUUUAUGUGAAAUGCAAAAGACAAAUUGUGAAUUUUCUCAUAUUAUCUGACUUGUAAUAUUUUCUCUCGCAGUGUUUGCUUGAUAUUAUGCUAAUCGAGAGCAACCAAAACCACACUAGGCUGUUAGAACAAACUCAUUUGCAGUGAAAUGACAAUAUUAGCAUUUUGGGGUGGUGGGAUUUCAGCAGUUGGUUAUAAUUAUCAUGAAAAACAACAAUAAGAGUAUGUGAAUAUGAAGCAUAACUGCUUCCUAAACAUGCAUGUUGGUGUAAAUACUGUAUGAUAUAAUAGCAUGGUUUUGCCUUCAUUAAGCUGUCCUUUUGUCAUGUGCAGAGAAUGCAAAAAUAGCUAUUAUUACCCCGCUCUUUAUCUAUUGCUAAGUGUUUAGUUAUUAUACCUGUUUUACUUUUUCUCAGUCAUCCGUGAGCUGUUAUUCUCAUCCUCAAAUGUACAUAUGUCUUCAAAAUGUGUAUAAAUAUAAAAGCAAAAUCUUUUAGAUUAAUAAUAAUAAUAAUAAUAAUAAUAAUAAUAAUAAU